UACGGUGUUUCUUGAUAGUUCCUGCUUGUGGGGAGAAAACAAGAAGGAACGAGUUGUUUAUUUUUAUAAGAAUAAUGGGCGCCCUCUGGAAUUUGGGCCUGUUAAUAACAUUAUUUUGUGUUWCUAAKGGMGCAGUGAUUCGUCGAAGUACUGAUGGAUACACAGUUCACGAAAAGCCGCCAGAACUCGUGGUAAACGCGGACACAGAGGGAGUAAAGGUACAAGCCAAGCCAUCGAAACUUCAAGUCAUYGCUUAUCCACAUCUACAAGGGUUUCAUCCAUAUGAACAUACAGCAGUUUUAGGACCUCACAGUCCACCGGUAAAUAUCGGGCCUAAUGCGCCCCCAGUUCACAUUGGCCCGCAUGUGCCUGCAGUUCAUCUUAGCCCUCGUGUUCCAAGUCUCCAUUUUGGAACUAAUGCUCCUCUACUUCACGUCCGUCCCCAUGCACCUUUUGUCCAUAUGACUCCUCCUCUGCCCGCUGUGCAUGCUUUAACUGGGCCUCCUGUUCAUGUGGUGUCACCUUCUACUGUCUAUCAUCAACCACCUAUCGUUUUUCAUCAGCCUCACUUUGCUUACCCUGGCUAUGGCUACAGUGGUGGCUACUAUGGCAGGUCAGACAUCCCUGAGGACUAUUCUAGAAAGCCUUAUAGUCGUUCCAGGAGAGAUUUGGAAACUUCAGGACGAGUUAAACGACAAUGGUACGGCUGGCAUCCAUUCCCUCAUACAGUUAAUGUUGGACCUCAUACACCACCCAUCCAUGUUGGACCUCAUUACCCACCCGUUCAUAUUGGCCCUCAUGUCCCUGCUGUCCACAUUGGUCCCCAUGUCCCCGUGAUUAACGUCCCAUCUCAUGUACCCGCUAUCCAUGUGCGACCCCAUGUUCCUGCGGUACAUCUUGGUCCACCUGUGCCCAUUGUGAACGCUGGUAACCACUUCCCUGCUGUCCAUGUCACAUCACCACCAACUAUCUACCAUCGUCCACCAAUUGUUAUCCAUCAACCCCAUAUCGUCCACCCCUACGGACAGUGGAAGAGGGGCUACAUCCCCACCCACGAUGACACAACGGAGUCUGAGGAGAAUGAAGACGGUGAUGACAAGAAAAUUUCACUGAGAUCUCUCAUCGCAGGCUCUGCCGAUAAGAAAGUGAAACGCCAAAUGUUCUCCAACGCAAACUCCGGACCAAAUGGUGACUCAGUUAUCUUCGUUCACCCAAGCCAGAACCAUGCUGGAGGCUCAGAGUCAAACAUGGGCUUCAAUGACCUACAAAGCUUGGGAAACUCAAAUCCUCUUGAAAAUGAGAUGUCACCCAAAGGUUUCGGGGGUGAUACYUAUAGCCCAUCCUUCGGGAAUGAAAAUGGAGGGAACGCCGARAGUCUAGCAGGAAUUACAGGAAAUAACCUUGGAGGCCAAGAAAUGGGUGGCGCCAACUCGUUCACCGACAAUGGAGGAGGUAUGAAUCUAGGAGGACUCGGUGGAAGUCAGAGUUCCAUGUCCGAAUUAGGAGGAGCAUCUCUUGGGGGCAUGCAGAGCCUUGCGGGUUUAGGAGGAGGCAACAUGGGAGGAGAGUCCAUGAAGAGGUCUACAAUUCCCCAAGGGUACAACGAACAGAUCGAUGCCGUAACACAGAACGCCAGAGAUUAUCCAGAUGAGAUUUAUGCUUGAGAAAAUUUCAGAAAACAYAAUUGACAGUCAAAUUGGUCGAAAACUCGACAUCAAUGAGCCCUAGCAUUGUACAAACUAUUACAGAUAUGCACUGAAAAAUGCUUCGAUCGAAGCAUUUCAAAUAUCACGACAAUUUACGAUUUAAUUUUAUUACCCAAGCGUCAUGUGACCCAUGCGUCUUUUUGUGACGUCACUCUAGUCCAGUGCCUCACGUCCAAUCGUUUUAGAGCAUGAUUAGAUUUCUUUUGUAACAAAUAAGUAAUAAAUAUAUCUCUCAGAACGUUUAGAAAAACUGUUAUUCAACAAAUUAAGGCACAAGGAAGACGUUUUGAUAGGAAACAAUUAAGUGAAUUAAUUGACAUUAAUUAAUUAAUUAAUAUUAAUUAAUUACCACAUUUCAAUCGUUAAUUAUCACGUGAUUAGGUGGUGUUAGUGUGGUGCUCGUUUUAUCAGAGUGAAGUAAAUGGAUUAUAUUGAAAUCCAAAUAAAAAUGGAAAAAUCAAUUGAAGUUUCUUAUUGUUAUAUAGAGUUGACUUGAUUAAUAAAUUGUUGUUGUCACCA